AUGGUGGAUACCAUUAUGAGUCAUCCACCUGAUUACUACUGUAUGACUUAUGGUGACUUCGAAGAUGAGGAUUCUUAUAGCAGCCAGACCAGCAAGAGGCCGUCGGAAAGUUCGGUCGAGGAUUCUCUCCGCGAUGUGCACGGGCGCCUUCAUCAGUUGGCCUCUGAGAAUAUGUCAUUGAAUGAGAAGCUCGGACGUCAAUCAGACGAAUUGGCUGAAGCUCGCGCUCAAUUGAGAGGAUACUCUGGUGGCCUUGGUCCGUCACUUGGUCAGUUUUGCAUUCCAAUUUUGGAACACUAUCAUUUUUCUAUGUUACCAGCAGAAUCCUGCUGA